AUGACUUGUAGCAAUUUCUAGCGUUUAUUUGUUAUUUUUCGCAUUUGUUCACUAAUUUGAUAAUAUUGAUAAUUGGUAGUUUAUAAAAUGCAGAACUUCAAAUAUAAUGAUUUAAUGCAAAAGAUAGAAUUAGAAGAGUUGAGUACAAACAUAGAAGCGGAAGCGUAUACUCAACUACUGGCGAUUUACCUUUAUCAAGAUAAAAUAGCUGAUGCUAAGUUCCUAUGGAAGCGGAUCCCACAACCUUUGAAAAAUGAUAAUAAGGAAUUAAAAAGAUUGAAUUCAGUAAUGUGCACGCUAAUUACUAAUAGUGCUACGAAAUUUUUCAAACAAGUGGACUACCCAUGGCCAUCCAAUAUCAAACAAAUUAUGGACGAUCUUUUCGAGCGAGUGCGACGUGAUGUAUUGGCAUUAGUUGGCCAAGCUUAUAUGUCUAUUUUUGAACAAGAGCUGAUGGAACUGACUAACUUAUCUCGAGAUGAAUUAAAACAAACUUGCCUUGCGCUGGACUGGAAAUAUGAAAAUGAAGACCAACAGACAGUUAUUAUUCCUAAAAGGCCUGUUUCUGAAUCCGAACUGACAGCUAGUUCUGAAGAUCUGUUAUUAAAACUUACCGAUUUCGUUUCGUUUUUGGAAAAUUGAUUUUUUAUAUUUAUCAAUUAAACAUUAUUUAAAAGAAA